UCUGUGUGUGUGUGUGUGUGAGAGAGUGUGUGUGUGUGUGUGUGUGUGUGUGUGUGCACGCACGUGUGUUUUAAGGAAAAAAGCCCACAGUCCAGUCCAGUCAGACCCAGCCUGGGAGGCUGUGAGCCGGCCUUUCGUAAUUGCCCCCUCCCCGCGGCCCCCUCCCCGAGGCCUCCCCCUUCUCCCGCCCUCCCGCCCGCCCUCUCUCCCUCCCUCUUUCCCUCGCAGACCGACAAGGCAGCAAUUACGCUUUGGGGAUAAAACGAGGCGCAGAGAGCGGGCUGGGGCAUUUCUCCCCGAGAUGGCGGGUCCGACAGCUGCAGCCCUGUGGCCCGGAGCCCUCCUGCUUCUGCUGUGUAUCCUCCACCCCUCGCAGCCUGGAGGGGUCCCAGGGGCUGUUCCUGGUGCAGUGCCUGGAGGCGUCUUCUUCCCAGGCGCUGGUCUCGGAGGCCUGGGAGGAGCACUGGGCCCUGGAGGCAAACCACCCAAGCCAGGGCUUGGGGCCUUUCCUGGAGGGGCCUUCCCAGGAGCUCUGGUGCCCGGCGGCCCGGCUGGCGCUGCUGCAGCCUAUAAAGCCGCUGCCAAGGCCGGUGCUGCGGGGCUUGGUGGCGUCGGCGGCUUAGGAGUGUCUGCAGGUGCGGUGGUACCUCAGCUCGGAGCAGGAGUUGGAGCGAAGCCCGGGAAGGUGCCAGGUGUGGGGCUCCCAGGUGUAUACCCAGGUGGAGUGCUCCCAGGCGCAGGAGCUCGGUUCCCGGGUGUAGGGGUGCUCCCUGGGGUUCCCACUGGAGCAGGCGUCAAGCCCAAGGCCCCAGGUGGAGGCGGAGCUUUUGCUGGAAUCCCAGGAGUUGGACCCUUUGGAGGUCCGCAGCCUGGAGUCCCUCUGGGGUACCCCAUCAAGGCACCCAAGCUGCCAGGUGGCUACGGACUGCCCUACAGCACUGGGAAACUGCCCUUUGGCUAUGGUCCUGGAGGAGUAGCUGGUGCCGCGGGCAAGGCCGGGUACCCGACGGGGACAGGGGUUGGCGCACAGGCUGCAGCAGCAGCAGCAGCAGCAGCUAAAGCAGCAGCAAAGCUUGGUGCCGGAGGAGCCGGAGUUCUCCCAGGUGCUGGCAUUCCUGGCGGGCCCGGCGUGAUUCCUGGCAUCGGAGGCAUCGCAGGGGUCGGGGCUCCAGAUGCUGCGGCUGCAGCUGCCGCUAAGGCAGCCAAAUAUGGAGCUGCUGGAGGCUUAGUGCCUGGUGCGCCAGGCUUUGUCCCAGGAGCAGUCGGCAUCCCAGGAGUUGGAGUCCCAGGUGUUGGGGUCCCAGGUGUUGGAGUCCCUGGUGUUGGAGUCCCAGGUGUUGGAGUCCCUGGUGUUGGAGUCCCAGGUGUUGGAGUCCCAGGUGUUGGGGUCCCAGGUGUUGGAGUCCCAGGUAUUGGGGGCCCGGGCAUCAUGGGUAGACCAGGGGCUGUGUCACCAGCUGCAGCUGCUAAAGCAGCAGCCAAAGCGGCCAAAUUCGGGGCCAGAGGCGGAGUGGGAGUUGGAGGUAUUCCCACUUACGGCGUUGGUGCUGGGGGCUUUCCUGGCUUCGGUGUCGGAGUUGGAGGUGUUCCUGGGGCUGGCAUUUCCCCUGCAGCCCAGGCAGCGGCCGCCAAGGCAGCCAAGAUCGGUGCUGCAGGAGCAGGAGCCCUGGGAGGGCUGGUGCCCGGUGCCGGAAAAAUACCAGGUGUGCCAGGCGCUGAAGGGGUACCAGGGGCAGGGAUCCAGGCAGCGGCAGCCGCCAAAGCAGCCGCUAAAGCAGCCCCGUUCGGGGUAGUCCCGGGUGUCGGCGUGGGUCCCGGUGUCGGUCUGGUUCCCGGAGUCGGCGUGGGUCCCGGUGUUGGCAUUGGCCCCGGUGGUGUCAUAGGAGCAGGGGCCCCAGCUGCAGCCAAAGCCGCGGCUAAGGCGGCCGCCAAAGCCCAGUUCCGGGCUGCCGCUGGGCUUCCUGCCGGUGUUCCCGGAUUUGGAGCCGGUGUUGGAGUUCCUGGACUUGGAGUUGGUGUUGGUGUUCCUGGAUUUGGGGCAGCAGUACCCGGAGCCCUGCCCGCAGCUAAAGCUGCCAAGUUUGGAGCAGGGGUCGGGGCCCUUGGAGAGCUUGGAGAUCUUGGUGGAGCCGGUGUCCCAGGUGGUGUGGCAGGAGCCGGACUUGAUGCUGCGGCUGCGGCUGCAGCCGCCAAAGCUGCUGCCAAAGCCGCCCAAUUUGGGUUGGGGGGAGUCGGUGGGCUCGGAGUUGGAGGACUUGGAGUUGGAGGGCUUGGAGUUGUCCCAGGGGCCGUGGGUCUUGGAGGUGUGCCCCCAGCUGCAGCUGCUAAAGCAGCCAAAUUUGGUGCCGCUGGCCUUGGAGGUUUCCUAGGCGCCGCCAGGCCAUUCCCAGCUGGAGGUGUCGCAGCAAGGCCUGGCUUCGGACUGUCUCCUAUUUUCCCAGGUGGCGGAGCCGGGGGCCUGGGAGUUGGCGGCAAACCUCCCAAGCCCUACGGAGGGGCCCUGGGAGCCCUGGGAUACCAAGCUGGGGCCUGCCUGGGGAAACCCUGUGGCCGGAAGAGAAAGUGAGCUUCCCGGGACCCCUGACUCACGACCUCAUCAACGUUGGUGCUACUGCUUGGUGGAGAAUGUAAACCCUUCGUGACCCCCCCCAUCCCAUGCCCCCUCCUAAGUUCCCACCCCAGGAGGGAACAGGGCAGGCAGGGUGGCCUUGGAAAUCCACAGGGCAAGCAAACAAGAGAGUGGUGGCCAAGUGAGCUCCUGGAAGCCCCCUCCUUCAGAGGCAAGGGGUGGGUGGCCUUGGCCCCUGCCCCCACCCCCUUCCCACCCAGGAGCUCUCCCUCCACACACUCCAUCUCCAGGGGAACUUGGUGCUACGUACUGGUGCUCUCAUUCUCCCUGCGGGGAGGGAGGAGGGAAGGACAGCCCCUCAGGGAACCCCUUCCCUGGGGCUCCUCUGAAGAUGGUGCAGACACUUCCUGGGCAGUCUCGCCUCCCCCUGCCCACCAGGACCCACCUCUGGCUGCAGUCCAGUUGGUACCCAAGCAUCGAAACCCUCAAGCUGGAUUCGGUCACACCAUCUCUUGUCCCCCUUGGCCCCCUCUCCCCUACCAAUGGCUAUUCCCCAUGUCUGGGGCACCUUCAGGUCGGAAGAUUCCCCCCAUUGGGAAUAGCCCUCUUGCUCUUGUGGAAUUCAUCCGCCCAUAUGCCCAUCCGUCCAUCUGUCCUGGUCCCCAUUUGGCUGCCCGGCACCUCUAGCUGGCUGGGCGCCCCUACCAUCAACUCGAUUAACCUGUCAUGGCAGCCUGUGCCCUGCCUCUGCCCUACCACAUACACCCCUACGUAGGGGCCCCGAGCCCAGGUUGUGAGGGGCUGUCCCGACUGGGGCAGCAGGAAUCUCCCUCGCAUACUGGGUCUCCCCCCACGCAGUACUGUAUCCCCGGUCCCCCCCCCCUGGAGCCCCUGUACUUCAGAGCAUAUCCCCCCCUGCCCCGCCCAUCUCUUUGUGUCUCGCUGUGAUAGAGCAAUAAAUAUUUUAUUUUUUGUCCUGGA